UGUGUUUCAGCAGUAAGUAUCACCACGGUGGGAGCGCUGCAGUGGGAAGGGAACGGAGUGAGAGGCGACAGUCACGACGACUGCAGUAGCUGGUUAAAGUUAUAUAAUCAUGUGUUAUGAGACUUCAUUUUUCCGGACAACAUCAUGGGAUUAUGGAACCACACCAUAAAAGGUCAUUGCGCUUUUUCUCUGAGUUUUGCGCUCAUGCUUAGUAAUUGUUUUAGUUUGAUUACCAUUGAAAAUGAAGUACACAGGUGAUGUAACAAAAUAAACAACGUUUGUGUUGAUCCAUGGAUUUACACAUAUUUGGUUUGGAGGAACAGGGUCGUCAACAUGAAUUUUGAUACUGCUGAUGAAGUCAACUUCUGGAGUAACCGUUCCUCGGAGCUGUACUCGGAGACACAGGGACCAUUAUCUGCAAAUAAUUCCAACUUGACCACAGCAAAUGACACAGAUAAUGACACAUUCACGAGUCCGCUGGACCUUACCCGAGCCGUGUCCGUUGGUAUAGUUCUGGGUGCGUUCAUUCUGUUCGCAAUCGUGGGCAACAUACUCGUAAUACUUUCCGUUGUAUGCAACAGACACCUGCGCAUCCCAACAAACUAUUUCAUUAUCAACCUAGCCAUUGCGGACCUGUUGCUGGGUACAACGGUGCUGCCCGUGUCUGCAACAUUGGAGAUUCUUGACUACUGGGUAUUCGGGAGAAUAUUCUGUGACAUCUGGGCGGCAGUGGACGUGCUAUGUUGCACUGCUUCCAUUAUGAGCCUGUGCGUAAUAUCCAUAGACCGUUAUAUAGGAGUGCGCUACCCACUGCAGUACCCCUGUAUAGUAACGGAGAAAAGAGCCCUUUUGGCCAUGCUCGGUGUUUGGGUUCUCGCUACUGUCAUUUCCAUCGGACCUCUGCUCGGGUGGAAACAACCACCCUCAAAUGACGACACCAUUUGCCCCAUCACCGAAGAGCCCUUUUACGCACUGUUCUCGUCAUUGGGUUCAUUUUACAUACCUCUGGCUGUCAUCCUUUGCAUGUACUGUCAGGUUUAUGUAGUUGCCAAACGGACCACUAAGAACUUAGAGGCGGGGGUCAUGAGAGAACACAUGGACUCGAAUGAGCUCACGCUCAGGAUCCACUGCAAAAACGCACAGCUGCAGGAAUACUGCGGCGCAGGCAAGGGCCAGACACGGAGCACGCUAACAGUCAAACUGCUCAAGUUCUCUCGAGAGAAGAAAGCUGCUAAAACGCUCGGUGUGGUGGUGGGCAUGUUUAUUCUCUGCUGGCUGCCAUUCUUCCUCGUGCUGCCUAUCGGGUCAUUCAACGCCAACCUGCGUCCCCCGGAGACAUUCUUUAAGGUGAUCUUCUGGCUGGGCUACUUCAACAGCUGCCUGAAUCCCAUCAUCUACCCCUGCUACAGCCGAGAGUUCAAACAGGCCUUCAUCCGCAUCCUCAAGUGCCGCUGCCAUCAGAAGAAAAAGCAGAAGGGCUGGAGGGCCUACUACAACUACCGUUCCUCUCACCUGGGCUCCACCAACAACUCCUACCUGAACGGGAGCCAGCAGACCCUGUCCUCUGUCAAUCCCAGCCCUCGCUGUGUGAGCAAAGGAUCAGGCUCUUGCCUGGAGUCUGGGUGGGGCCAUGGCUCCCUGUCUCCCUGCCUGUCUCUGCCUGGGAGCCCCUUCAGCAGCCAGAUGAGGGCUCUUCCUGGGGCUGUCUGCCAGAGCACCAGCAGAACUAUCAGAGUCAACCUGGCCUCCCCCCUGGCCAGGGAGCCAGUGCAUGCCAAUGGACAGAGUGGGAAUGGAAAGGUGGAGCAUGGAGCAAUCAGGGCAACACCCGAGACAAUGAUGUAAUGGCAGAUUGGAGCACCAGUCAUAAGCCUGGACAAUGCCGUUUGAUAGUCUGUACUUAUGCAACGGUAGCCUUUACAUCCAGGUGCAUGUGGGUAUUUUAUGCUGGAUACUGAAAUAUGGACAAAAGCCUAACUACUGUAGCAGUCUGGAUUUAAGAUUUGCGCAUCACACCAGAGGGUCAAUGGUCAAUGUGUCCGUAAGUAUUUAUCCCUAAAAGUCUGAUUGCUUGUAGUUCCAUGUCCUCCUAAAUAAUUAUUUGUAUUAUUAAAGGAUACUUUUAGACAGAACACUGAAGGCCUCUGCUACUGCACAAAACCUUUUCAGAAUAACAUGUGCAGCUCUGGCACAUACACCUUUUUCUUUUUAUUGUUCUGGUACUAUUUUCAUAAUUAUGUGGUGAAUUUUCAAAACUCUUAGUACAAAACUCAAAAUGGGUAGCACUUGUAACGCAGCCAGUCUUACAUUCAAACCCUUUCAUUGUCCAUUUAUUUCAUUUGUAGACAUCUUUUACCACACAACCAUUGAUCCACAAUAUAGGUCUCUGAAAUGUAGUGAGUACAUUGGUUUAAUCAUCAAAACACAACAUAAUAAUAUCUUCUCAAUUUAGUUAUUUUAAAUACCAGUUAAUCCACUAGCAAAACAUCUAAGACACAUGUUUCUAUCACGUUUCAGGUAAGACCCAAAUGCAGACUGUGUUGUUGUAACAAUGUUUAUUACAGCAACAGGGGCAGGCAAACGACAGGUCAGGUCAGGCAGGGGUUGAUAAUCCAGAGUAGUGGGGCAACGGUACAGGAUCAGGUCAGGCAGUGGUCAGGCAGGCAGGCUCAGAGUCAGGACAGGCAAGGGUCAAAACCAGGAGGGGGAAAAGCAGGAGCUGAGACAAAACACUGGUUGACUUGACGAACAAACUGGCAAAACGAACUGGCACAGACAAACAGAGAACACAGGAAUAAGUACCCGGGGGAUAAUGAGGAAGAUGGGCGACACCUGGAGAGGUAUGGAGACAAGCACAAGGACUGGUGAAACAGAUCAGGGCGUGACAGUUUAAAAUUGCAUUUUUUAUGUAAUAUGCUACUGUACUGUAAAUUACAGUAUAUUAUACUUUUUUCACAUUAGGCAAUACACCUGCACUACCCAUUAAAAUUUACUGAACAUCACAUUUCCAUAAUGUCUAUUAUCCCAUGUGUGAUGAAAGGUGUGACCAUUGAAGACAUCUGUUUAACAGGCACUAGUUCGCAGUAAAUAUCUUCAUUGUUCAUGCACCCGGGGAAAAAGCUUUUGGCAUGGUGAAUCUUAGCCUGACAUUGGUCUGAAUUGAUGUACCGUAAAUUCCGGACUAUAAGCUGCAACUUUUUUCCCAGCUUUGAACCUCGCGGCUUAAACAAUGACGCGGCUAAUAUAUGGAUUUUUCCCGCUUUCAAUUAUUUUAAU